AUGUCCUCAUACGGGAGAUCCACCUCAGCUGUCAUGCCUUCUAUUUCGAGUUUUAAGAGAAGCGAACUUUCAGAAGAGUCGAAAAAAUCAAUCCAGCGGAUAGUACCAAACGAAUUCGAGCUUGAAUAUGUUAACGAAGAACAUAUCGCUGAAUUCGCAAAAGCUCUUUUCGAGGACCCCAACAAUGAUCCGACUGAACACAUUGCCGCUGUGACGGAUUUUAUGCCAAUAAGGCAAACGAUAAAAGAGAAAAAACCCCUAGGAGAAUUCGAAGGCUAUUCAUACCACAUUGCUAGAUUUCCGAUGAUGCUAAUAAUAUUUCUUAUAAUUGGUUGCGAAUUACUCCUUUACGUUUUAGUACGACAAAUAGUAAACAUCUGGGAAUAUUUUGUACAAUGGAGAGGCGUGAAAAGACUGUUGCGUGAAAAACUUCGUCAAGCCAAUUCAUACAGUCAAUGGGUCUCGGCUGCUAAUAGGCUAGAUUCUUAUUUCGGAUAUAAUGAAUGGAAAGAUCAAAUGCAAUUUGGUUUUUAUGAUUACAACUUGAUAAAGAAGGUUAAACAUGACCUAAAAAGUUUACGAAGUGGGUCGAGUGCAAAUGCACAAAAGCUAAAAAAUGCCUUACACCAUUGUGUAAAAAGUAAUUUUGCCGGCUUCGAAAAUACUAGGUUAUAUUCUCAGACAUAUUACGGGACAAAGAAAAUUGUCGAACAAUAUAUUGAUGAAGUAACCAAAUCACUCGAAUUCUCACGUACAACUGAAUCAUUGUCUGUCAAGGAAAAGCGGAAACUUUUUAAAAACGCGGAUGAGAACUUUGGAAGGACGGCAUUGUGUCUUAGUGGUGGUGCCAGUUUUGGUUAUUUUCAUUUGGGAGUCGUCAAAGCUCUUUUUGAAGCGGAUCUUCUUCCAACAGUUUUUACGGGGACCAGUGCCGGCGGCUUGAUCGCUGCACUGGUAUGCGUGCGAACCGACGAAGAAUUAAAACAAGUUUUGACGCCGGAACUGCACACGCGACUGAAAGCAUGCUCGGACCCGUUUAAUGUUUGGUUUCCAAGAUGGUGGAAUACUGGUGCACGAUUUGAUUCGUGUGACUGGGCUAGGAAAACACAGUGGAUAACAAAAGGGAGUCUGACAUUUAAAGAAGCGUAUGAGAGAACUGGGAGAAUUUUGAACAUCUCGGUGAUACCAUACGAUCCUCAUUCACCACCAAAAGUUUUAAAUUACAUUACAGCACCUGACUGCGUCAUUUGGUCCGCAGUAAUUGCAAGUGCAGCUGUGCCCGGAUUUUUAAAUCCUGUUGUGUUGAUGCAGAAGUUGAAAGAUGGCUCCAUAAUACCUUACAAUUAUGGACACAGAUGGAAAGAUGGAUCUCUUCGAACAGACAUUCCCAUUCAACAACUCAAUAUGCACUUUAAUGUUAAAAACACCAUUGUCUCUCAAGUCAACCCGCAUGUGCAUUUGUUCUUUUACGCACCACGUGGCUCAAUCGGUCGCCCGGUGACACACCGACAAGGUAUGGGUUGGCGGGGUGGAUUCCUAUUCGCCAGCACUGAACAAUAUUUGAAGCUGGAUCUCAGCAAAUGGUUAAAAUGGAUACGUGAUCUCGAACUCUUACCAAGAAUUGCGGACCAAGACUGGAGUUCAAUUUGGUUACAAAAAUUCGAAGGAAACAUUACUAUUUGGCCAAAGACCAACAUCCUAGAUUUUUUCUAUAUCGUAGCGGAUCCCGAUGGCGAGAAACUUGACAGGAAGAUCAGGAUUGGUCAGCGCGUUACUUGGCCAAAACUUCAUAUGAUCGAAAACCGCCUUAAAAUAGAACGUGCAAUUCAGAAGGGAAGAGAAUCCAUAAGAAAAGAACUUCGCCAGCAACGAAAGAACCACGCUGGUGUUAAUGACAUUGAUGAUAAAAUAAGUAACAAACACGACGAUUAUUAUAGUUCAAUUAUGGAUGACACGAGAAUUUACAAUAAGCAUAGCGAAUCAGAAGAAUCCAUCAGUAGCGGAAGUGGAUCAGACAUGGGGAUUGAUAGUGAUGGUGGAAAUGGAAACGGUGUUAUAAAAGAGGAAAAUAAAUUAUCAUUUUCUGAUCGUACGUACACCGGCUCUUCCUCCGAGGAAGAUGAUCUAAAUAUUUAA